AUGCAAUCGCAUUUAUGUGAAUUUGUUGUGCUGUUGAAUCCGUAUUCCGUAGUGGUUGGCAGUCAUGUAUAUCGUGUUGACCAUAGUCAUGGAAUCAAUGACAAUGAUUUUGAGUCUUUGGUAGAACUUGGAAAUUUGGAACAUUUGGGUGGGCCUAUAUUCGAGCUCAGUUGGAUUGAACGUCUUGAUAAUAACGAAAAGGUCACAGGUUUGAAUUUAGCGUGCCUUCCGCAUACAGCUAAAGAAGAUUAG